ACAAGCAAUGGCGAGGAACAGUUGUAAGAGACUGCCUAUCAGACUGUGUGUUAUUUUAUCACUAUGUACAGCUUUAUUGAGAGUGACUGGGGCUAAGACAUUCUACAGAGGGUUAUAUGCCAGAGAGGUGGAUACUCUCAGGGACACAGGGAUUUUCUAUGAUGUCAUUGGAGAACACAGCAAUGUACCAUCCGUGUCCUCUUGUUUACUUAUUUGUCUCAGAACCAAGACUUGUCUGUCCUUCCAUUACAACAAGAUAGAGGGGCACUGCAGGCUAUAUAGUAACAUUUUCUUCAGUUCUGACAUUAGUCAGAAAGGAAACCGGUACUUCCUAGCUCUGAAAGCAGACUGUCAAGAGAAUGCUUACAUCUAUGAGAAAUCUCUGGGCCUUUGCUGGAAACCAUAUUCUGAAAAGUUAAACUACACGGAGGCUGUAGAUGCCUGUCUAAACGACCGCGGUCAGCUGCUGAGAAUACCCUCCUAUCAAACGUGGCAGUACCUCAAAGAAGAGCUAGCUGAACAUCCGAUGAGUCUCUUCUGGAUAGGGAGUUCUACAAAUGGAACUCACUUGAUCAAUGAUGACGACACGGUGGCUGAUCUAGUUCCGAUCGUUACAGAAGAGUUAGAAGAACUGGAUCCUAACGGUCGGGUUAUCAUUGCCAGGGACCAGGAAUUCCUGGGGAUUGUUGUCUCAUCUUCCUCCAGAAACGGCUUUUUAUGUCAAGUGGCCACUAGAACAGAGACCUGAGGUGUGCGCGGUGUUAGAUUUACAUUAUGUUGUAAAAUAAACAGUACACUUUAAUAUAUGGAAAGAUCUAUCAGCCGUUGUCCACGAAACACUGGUUUUGACCUAGGCGUAUUUUUUCUAAAUAAAUUAAGUUUAAU